AUGGAUGCGUUGCCCAACCCGCCAACGUUCAUUGUGUUGAGUUUGCUGGUGGCACUGGUGUCCGGUGCCAGCCUGCAGAAGGGCGCGGCCAAAGAGUCCGAACAGCGGACGAAAACCCAGGGCAAGCGGGGUCUGAUCGACUACGGUUACGGGUACGCGCAGGAACCGGAACUGCACGGUGGAUUUAAGCCAUCGUUUGGCUACGAUGUGGAGUCGUCCGAUUACCACACGCGCAAAUCGUUCGAGCUGCCAGCCUUCCACCACAACCAUUACGCCGCCCUGCACUACCACAAGGAACCGGCCACGUUCAGCUGGAAGGACGAGAAGCACACGGUCAUCACGAAGAACGUCCCGGUGCCGUAUCCGGUCAACAUCGAGAAGCACGUAGUGAUCGAGAAGAAGGUUCCGGUCUACGUGGAGAAGCACGUGCACAUUGAUCGCCCGGUGCCAUAUCCGGUCGAGGUUGAGAAGAAGGUCCCAGUGUACGUCGAGAAGAAGGUGCACAUCGACCGCCCGGUGCCGUAUCCGGUGAAGGUGAAGGUUCCAGUUUACCACAAGGUCGAAGUCGAAGUUCCGAAGCCCUACCCUGUGCACAUCCCCAAACCAUAUCCGGUGUACAUCGAGAAGGAAAUCGUGAAGCACGUCGAUCGCCCCGUGCCGUACGAGGUCGAAAAGAAGGUUCACGUGCCGGUCAUCCAUCGCGUUGAGGUCGACAAGCCAUACCCGGUUUACGUCGAAAAACCGGUGUUGGUAGAGAAACACGAAGCGCACAGCCACGAGCAGAGCCACGCGCACAGUCACGAGCAGAGUCAUGAGCUGCAUAGCCACGAGCUACAUAGCCACGAGCUGCCAGCGAGCCACGAACAUGAACAGGAGUACACGGUACACCACAACAUCCGCCCGGUAGGCGUGAAGUCGACGGACUUCAUCUCGGAGCCGAUCGAGGAGCCGGAACACGAGCACCAGUACGGCGAGGAGUCGCAGCAGAUCGAGCGCAAGAGCGAGGACGAUCAGAAGCAGGAAGCGACCGACGAGAAACCGGCAGCGGCCACGACAGAGACGACGGCAGAAAAGAAGUCCUCCGCCGACGACGAGUCGCAGUAG